ACUCUGCAAACACAGUCUACCAGUUCCAAUGCGUCAAGAAGCUCUCCUUCUUCCAAAACCCUCCCCAUUCUACAACCAGAAUCCCAAUCGAAAAACCCAAAACCAAAACCCAUCAACGGAAAACAAAAUUCCACAAUGGGCAACACAAAUUCAGCCGAACCCCACCAAGAACAACCACCGCCCUCCUCCCUGCCCGAACCCCCCUCCGACUUCACCUGCGAAAUCUGCAUCGAACCCAUGUUGCCACCGACCAAGAAAUUCACAAACAACAACCUCUGCGCCCACCCCUUCUGCACCGAUUGCAUAACCAAGUACGCCCAGGUCAAAAUCGAAGACGAUCGGGCCGCCGAGAUCAAGUGCCCCGGCCUGAACUGCGACAAUUUGAUCGACCCCAUUUCCUGCCGGGCCCUGAUACCUCCUUUGCUGUUCGACAAGUGGUGCGAUCUCCUGUGCGAGAGGGCUCUGUUGGGGUUCGACCGGUGCUACUGUCCCAACAGGGUUUGCUCGGCUGCGGUGGUGAACGAGUGCGGGGGGACUGUGAGGAGGUCGGUGUGUCCCAAUUGCAAGAGGCUGUUUUGUUUUUCGUGUAAGGCGGCGUGGCACGCGGGGUACAGGUGCGAGGAGAGUGGGCAGCUGAGAGACAGGAAUGACGUUGCUUUUGGGGUUCUUGCUGAGGUGAAUAAGUGGAUGAGGUGCCCUCAGUGUAGCCAUUGCGUCGAGCGCGUUCGUGGUUGCUCCAUUGUCAAGUGCAGCUGAAAGCCUGAAAGGGAAAUAAAGUAUGUGGGGGAAGAAAAGACUGAUCUGAUUCUUCCUUGCUUUUUCAUUGGCAUGGAAGAUGUGGGAGCAGUUUCUGCUACAAGUGUGGAAGGAAGGUGCACCGACACUGGUGUGGAUGCAACAAAGAAGCUUAUAUGUGCAGACCUUGGGUUCGUAUGGUUUGUAUCAUUUAUGUAAUUCUCUUACUACUGUUUACGCUUUGGGGCGAUUAUUUUCGUUAGCAAGUAUGAGCUCAUUGUGGACAUAACUUAUUUGUAAGUAAUACUGAGCUUAUCGUCUAUGUAACUUGACAUGUUUGGAGGAUACGUGAUGAUACUGUCAACAGCUCUUUGUAGAGCUUCAGACCUCAUGUUUUGGUUUAUAUAACAGAUAAUAAUAUACAGAUUUUGAAACUCC